UUAGAAUUCCACAGCCUCGGCAGAGCCUUUGCGGGAAGGGAACAAUAACCACCUCUCAUCUCCAAACCUCCAAAGCCCAACAGGCAAGGCACAGAUUUAAAGGGACCACCCAGCUGACUCUGAACUCUACUGAGAAAGAUUCCUGUCCAGUAGCCCAAGGUCUGACUCUCCUUCUGCGGGAUGGAGCGUUCAACACAGGAGCUGUUCCUCAACUUCAUGGUUGUCUUGAUCACUGUCCUCCUAAUGUGGGUUAUUGUCAAGUCUUAUCAAAGCUAAAGAACGUCCCUACCGACAUGGAUGAAAGUUAGUGGGAGAGUCUCUGCAAGCACCGGAGAGUAUUUUCUGCACGGUAGCAAGAUGCUUACCUUCUCCAGGCUUGUAGGCCCUUGUGUCCUUCACCUGCACCAUCAACAUCAAGAUCAACUUUUACCUGCUCGUCCUUUAUUCUGUGUGCUCUGACAAUUCCCUGUAAUGCUAUGUGUGUGAGGGUGUCUAUGGAUCAGUGAAUGAGAGUUACUUUGAUGAUAUUUAAAUAGAAAAGCUAUGUUUGUGAAUAGUGAGUGAAGAAUGGAACUUCUGUUUCAUCACAAACUAACCAUACGUGUAAUGGUUUGAUUGGAAGCAGAAUGGAAUCUUUUACGUCUCUGCAGAUUCCGUGCUAAUAAAUAUUUCUACUGAAAUACUGAUCCAAUGUGUACUUUCUUAAUUAAUAUGAUAAGUAGCCAUACCUUGCCAAAUAUACUGAUUAAAAUAAACACACAGUAAAGGAAA